AUGUCGACAGCGGGAAAAGUAAUAAAAUGUAAAGCGGCGGUUGCUUGGGAAGCUGGAAAACCACUUACUAUUGAAGAAAUUGAAGUGGAUCCACCGAAAGCUGGCGAAGUAAGAGUUAAAAUUCUGGCUACCGGUGUCUGUCAUACCGAUUCCUACACUUUGUCCGGUAAAGAUCCUGAAGGAGUAUUCCCUGUUAUCCUUGGCCAUGAGGGUGGUGGUAUUGUAGAAAGUGUCGGAGAAGGCGUCACGUCGUUUAAGCCUGGUGAUCAUGUUGUUCCUUUGUAUAUACCGCAAUGCAAUACAUGUAAAUUUUGUUUAAAUCCUAAGACAAAUCUCUGCCAGAAAGUGCGCGUGACUCAAGGUCAAGGUGUUAUGCCUGACGGUACAAGAAGAUUCCGCUGUAAAGGCAAGGAACUGUAUCAUUUUAUGGGAUGCUCAACGUUUAGUGAAUACACGGUUGUGCUAGAAAUUUCUUUGUGCAAAGUGGCUGACACUGCUCCAUUGGACAAAGUCUGCCUUCUAGGUUGUGGUAUUCCUACUGGAUACGGCGCCGCUUUGAACACCGCGAAAGUGGAACAAGGAUCCAAUUGUGCAAUCUUUGGUCUUGGUGCAGUUGGCCUGGCUGUUGCAUUGGGUUGCAAGGCAGCUGGUGCUAAACGGAUUAUAGGAGUGGACGUAAACCCUGAUAAGUUUGAAGUGGCUAAAAAGUUUGGAGUUAAUGAAUUUGUCAAUCCUAAAGAUUAUGAUAAACCAAUCCAGCAAGUUUUAGUUGACUUGACAGAUGGAGGUUUGGACUACACUUUUGAAUGUAUUGGCAAUGUUAACACAAUGCGUGCAGCUUUGGAAGCCUGCCACAAGGGUUGGGGAGUGUCGGUAAUUAUUGGUGUUGCUGCAGCAGGAGAGGAAAUUAGUACUCGCCCAUUCCAGCUAGUAACUGGCCGCACAUGGAAGGGCACAGCUUUUGGAGGAUAUAAAAGCCGUGAUAGUGUACCUAAGUUGGUUGAUGAAUAUGUUAACAAGAAGUUGCCAUUGGAUGAAUUUGUAACGCACAAUGUGCCACUGGCAGAAAUUAAUGAAGCGUUCCAUUUGAUGCACUCUGGAAAGUCCAUUAGAACAGUUGUACAUUUUUAA